GUUGGCUUAUAACGGUCAAAUUUUGCCGGACUGCAUUUGCAUUUGCACCUGAAUCCAUUAUUGAACGGGGUGGGAUUUGAGCUGGAAGCUGGUAUCAAUGGCGACGCUAUUAUCAUGUACCUUCAAAUCCGUGAAGCCCCAUCAUCCUGUUCCCAAACCCUCUCCUUCCUCAACACCUUCAAAAUCUUUAACCAUCAAAUCAUCGCAAUCUCCGUCCUCUUCGUCACCGCCUAAUUCAGCAUCAAAAUCAAAAUCGCGGUGGUCGGUGUACUUGAUCCUUUCCACCAAUCCGCCCAUCAAAACCUACGUCGGCGUCACCACCAAUUUCUCUCGCCGUUUGAAAGAACAUAAUGGCGAGCUUAAAGGAGGUGCAAAAGCUUCCCGUGCAGGAAGGCCGUGGAUAUGUGCUUGCCUUAUUCGAGGAUUUAUGGACAGAAGUGAAGCUUGUGCAUUUGAGACAAGAUGGAAACAACUUUCAAGGAAAUUGCCAUGUAAAGGAAAGGGUAACGAGGAGCAGAAACUGGAAGAAACUAAAUCUGUUCUGUUAUUGAAACACAGAUACGCAGCUCUAGAUCAAGUUAAGAAUUCAAUUGAUUGCAGUCACUUAAAAAUUGUCUGGCAUUCUAAUCCUUAUUGACUUUAGCUUUUCCGCCAAAAAAACAGUAAGACAAUGCAUUGUCAUGUAUACAUUUGCAUACAUGACUUGGGGAAAUUCUACAAUAUGAUACCUCAAAUUUAGUGUUACUACAACAUUUCAAUCUUGAUACUAUAUGUUCCUUAGUUUGGUACUAUAUGCUCUUUAGCUUUGUACUAUAAGUUAUCAUGAUAUGUACCAAACCGAGGACUAUGUAGUAUUAAACUGAAGAGCUUAUAGUAUCAAAACUACAAUGUUGUACAGAGUAGUAACAGAAAACUUGAGAUAUCAUACCUUAAAGUGCACCGUAGAAUUUUCCAUGAAAUUUAUUGCAGUUUGUAUUAGGAGGAACAGCAGGCCACAGCUAUUGAUAUACUUUAUUAUGUAAUUAUUCCUAGAUCUUUGUACAUGCAGGAGAACACUUGCAGAUGUGCCCUACAUUAGAUACCCACCUUCCAAGAAUAUAUAUAUGUAUGUUGUACUUUUUCUUAAACCAUUGAAGUGUCAAUAUUACAAUAUACCAGUUCUUUUA